UUUAAAUUAAAAUUGUAUUUACAUUUUUUCCAACUUGUAAAUGUUUGUUUCUAUGGUUAAACAUUUGUAUAUAUCAAAAACAAUGACAAAUAACAAAUCAAAAAUGAAGAAGGUGGGAUAUAAAAAGGAGCAGCCAUUGAUUUGUCUUCUUUUCUGGACGACGACUUGAACUGCUCCAACAAAACAGAAAAGGAUGAGUUCCGAUCAACGGUGGAGAUUGCUCCGACCAGCAUUCUUCAUCUUCUUCUUCCUCUUCUUUCUUCCUCACAAUCUCACCUUUGGUCUCUGUUUCAACACCGAAGGUACUUACUUUUGUUUCAUCUUUCUUUCUGAGUCUAUUCGACUAUUGAUUGAUGGAUUAACUCUUGUGUGUUUUGCAGCAUUGGCCUUGAUGAAAUUCAAAGAGAGAAUAGAGAUAGACCCAUUUGGAGCUCUGGUUAAUUGGGGAGAGCUUUCUCAUUGUUCUUGGUCUGGUGUUGUCUGUUCACAUGAUGGAAGAGUUGUCAUCUUAAAUCUAAGAGAUCUCUCCCUACAAGGAACACUUGCACCUGAACUAGGAAACCUAACUCAUUUGAAAUCUCUUAUUCUCAGAAACAAUUCAUUUUCCGGGAAAGUACCUGAAGAGGUAACAGAAUUGCAGGAGCUUGAGAUCUUGGAUUUGUGUGACAACAACUUUGGCCAACCAUUUCCCUUCGCUCGCAGGCUGCUUCAGAUAUCUCCCCCUCCUUCUCAACCUUCUCCUCCAUCGCCUAUGGAGGAAGUCCCCAUUGAUUUUCCUUUCUUCUUUGCCCCUCCUCCGCAGAAUAUAGGUGCAAGCCCUCCUACUGAAACCCAAGUUAUCCCAAACCCGUCUCCAGUUCCCCCUCCACCAGCUCAGCCUCCACCAGCUCAGACUCCACCACCUCAGCUUUCUGAAGUGCCUCAUGCUGUCAACAAAAAGAAAUCUCAUAAGAGUAAGAUGUACAUAAUAGUCGGAGUGCUAGUAGGUGUAUUAGGCGUCAUGGCCGCAUUGGUGGCCUUCUUUUUUCUCUGGAACCAAAAGGUAAAAUUGAUAAAGCCAUGGGGGGAAACUGGGAGCAGUGGCCAGCUUCAAGAUGUUGUUACUACAGGUGUUCCCAAGCUGAAGCUAGCAGAACUAGAAACUGCCUGUGAAGAUUUCAGUAACAUCAUAGGCUCCACAUCCUCAGACGCCACCAUUUACAAAGGAACUCUCUCCACCGGCUCUGAAAUUGCCGUUCUAGCAGUUGCAUCUGGAUCCCUCCAAGACUGGUCAGAGGAUCACGAAACACAGUUCCAAGAAAAGAUACAGAGGUUAUCUCAAGUGAACCACAAGAACUUCCUCAAUGUAAUCGGAUAUUGCCAUGAAGACGAACCAUUCAACCGAAUGCUAGUUUUCGAAUACGCUCCUAAUGGAUCCCUCUUCGAGCAUCUGCACGACCAAGACGCAGAGCAUUUGGACUGGCCAAUGAGACUGAGAAUCGUAAUGGGAAUAGCUUACUGUAUGGAACAUAUGCACAAUCUAAACCCUAAACCCAUCUCUCACACCAACCUCAACUCUUCUUCAGUCUACUUGGCAACAGAUUACGCAGCCAAAGUCUCAGACUUUACGUUCCUCAGCUCCACACCACUUGACCCCAUGACCAACGUAUCCAGCUUUGGCGCCCUUCUACAAGAGAUCAUCACCGGAAAGAUCCCGGAUCCAGAUUCUCUGCUCCAGGAAGAAACCAAACCCGUUGCAGACCCGACUCUGAAAAGCUUUCAAGAGGAGGUCAUGGAGAGAGUGUGGGAAGUGGUUAAAGAGUGUUUGAGUCAGAAGGUGGAAAUGAAGGAAGUGGUGGUUAAGCUGAGAGAGAUCACCGGAAUAACGCCGGAAGCAGCGUUGCCUAGUCGGUCUCCGGCGUGGUGGGCGGAGCUGGAGAUUAUAUCCACCGAAAUGUAGAUAUAUCAAUUGCACAGUAAACUAAUGUACCAUCAUCAUCUCUGUACUCUCUGCAAAUUUAAAGUCUGAAGAUGAUUUCUUUCUUUCUUUUUUUGGGUUUUAUUUUGGGUCAAUAUAAGAUAAAAUGUGUGAGUUUGAAAACAUUAAAGAGAAAUCUUGUUCUUAUUGUCAAACGACA